AUGAUCAUUCUAGCGCGAUCAAGUUUCACAAUAUGGAGGAUGAGUGUGCCACUGCUUCGAUACCUACCGCAGUGGCUCCUAUGCUUCAUGCUGAUUCCGCCAAUGCUGCCAAUUGGUGUUGUGUCUGUGAGCAUCGCCUACCUACCACUAUACUUCUUUCCACCAACGAGCGUUUUCCCGUCAGCAUGUUUCCUCCUGCUGGUUCUCACGUUGAUCACCUUGUUUACGAGGCCAUGCUGCCCCAAGGCGUCUCAAGAUCGCACGCGUUUUCGCACCUCCAGCGGCCUAAGUUCUGCCAUCACCAAUGACCGUCCAUCCUGUGCAAGCCAUGUAAGCACCCAGGCCGAUGAGACCAUGUCAGCGUUCUCCAUUUGA